AUAAUGAAUGAAUUCUGGUUUUACUGGUCAUCAAUGUUGAUCAUUAUUAUUGAACCAAUUAAAUCGACAACAGUAGUAUCGAAUGGUAAUGAUUUAAUACAAACAAAUGAAUGGCCAUUAAGAUUUCAUCAUAGUCCAUGGUUACAUAAAGAAUUUAUUGUUCGUGAUCAAUCAAAAAUCAAUGAUCAAUAUCAAGAAAAUGUUGAUGAUUUCGAUGUUGAUUUAGAUACAAAUAUCUAUUAUGAUACUGAUCAAUAUCAUCAUCAUCAUCAUCAUCCUCAACAACAACAACAUGACCAAUAUUAUACACGUGAUGAUCAAAAAGAAAAAAUUGAUACAUGUGAUGAUCCAGAUGGCGAUGGAUGUAAUCGCUGUUUUCAACCAUCCAUACAUUGUGAACGUAAAUUGAAAUUAAAAAAACAAUUACUUGCUGAACAUAUACCAGGCGCAAGUUUAACUGUUGAUGAAUUGAUGAGUAUAUCACGUGUAGAAACAAUGACUAAAGAAGAAAAUCGUAAAACAAUGACAUUUCAACGUUGUUUAUAUUUAAAUGAAUCAUUGAUUGAUGAAAUGUGUCAUACUGAUCGUCGAACAAUGCGUAAAGAUUUAUUGGAAAAUCUUCAUCUACGAUCAUGUCGUCGUUUUUUAGUCGAACGUAGCCUAAGUAAACAUCUUUAUUCAUUAGUUAUAAAUUCUACUGAUUGUUCUCGAAUAUUGAAAGAAUUACUUGUAUUAGAUAAUCUUGUUGAAGAUUUAGCAUGUGAAUAUGAAUCCAUUUUACAUCGUUAUGAUUGUCAAGCUAAAUGGUCAGUUGUAUGGACAUGUCGUGAUUGUAAAUUAGCAUAUAGAGAUUGGCUUUGUUCAGUUAUCAUACCAUACCAUCUGAAUGGUAAUCUUAUUAAACCAUGUCAAAGUGUUUGUGAACAAGUACAACAAAAAUGUCCACAUCUUCAUCCAUAUGGCAAAGGUCAAUAUGCUGGUGAACCGGUAUUUCUUUGUAUUGAUCCAAAUAUUCCAUUCAACAAGAAAAUAACACCGAACAUACCGUUUGGUGAUGAAGGUCAAUGCUAUAAUCCAUGUGAUCUAGAACCAUGUUUUAAUGAUGAAAAUGAAGCACCGGUACUUGAUUGUCCACAUGCUAAAUUAUCCACACGAUUAUUAUCAACAGAUAAUGAUGAUGAUCUGGAAUUUAUUGAUCAAUUUAACGAAACAUCCAUUUUAGAUUAUAGUGCCGAACAAUUCAAUACAGAUGAUUCAUUAUUAUCAUUAGAUAUGGAUAUGAUUGAUAAUAAUGAUGAUAUAAUUGAUGAUAAUAAUAAUAAUCUGGAUGGUCAACAAACAACAGAAUUUUCAAUAUUGCCAACAACACCUAGUGAAGAAAUUGAUUUGGGUGAAAAUUUUUUUGAUGAUGAUAAAAUGAUAAUAAUGACCGGUAAUUCAGAUUCACAAACAAUGAAAUCGGCAACGACAACAACGAUGACAACAAAAGCAACAACAAUUUUACCAAAUGAUGGUCAACAAUGGAUUGAUGAAGAUGAUUAUAUUUUAACAUCCAUACAACACGAUGAACCUUUAUCAUCGUCGUCGAAAUCGUCGAAAUCAAAAUCAAUAAAUAACCAAUUAACACAAUCAUUUCAAUUUAUUGAUGUUGAACAACAAGCAGCUGCAGCUGCAUCAAUCAUUGCAGCUGAAAUGAUUGGACAUUUUCAUUCAUCAUCAUCAUCAUCACAAAAUGUACCAGAAAAAUCAUCCGAAAUUGUACAAAAUCAUGAUAAACAAAUUCAAUUCGAGAAUCAAAAAAAGAUAAAUUUACCGUCUCAAUCAACAUUGGAAAAUCAACAAUCACCAAAACAACAAGAAGAAGAACAACAACAAGAAGUACAAACAUUACCACCACCACCAUCAUCAUCAUCAUCAAAUCUAAUGGAUAAAACAAUAGAAUUAUCAAUUACAACAAAUCCAUCAACAAUUGAUCCACAAACCUAUGUACAGGAAAUGUAUCGUGAAGCAUUAUCCAUAUCAACUACAAAUGAUCCAUUUGAUUCUGUUGGUAGUAAUGGCGGUGGUGUUGGUUUGAAUGAACAACAAUUAAAUGAUGAGCUUAAUAUCGUUGUCAAAGAUUUUCUUGAAUCAAAUAUAGUAAAAUUGAUUGAUGAUGGUAAUGAACAUUGGUCAAAAUCAUCAUCCACUUCUAAAAUGACGGCAAUACCAACAACGGAAUCGUCAACAACGACAACGACAACAACAACAACAUCAUCAUCAUCCUCAAUCAUUAGUGAAACACUGCCACCAACUGGAACUGAAUCAUCAGUCGAUAAUAAUGAUAAUAACGAUGUUCAUCAACAACAACGAAACAAAAACAACAACAACAACAAUCAUCUGAUACAAAUCAAAUUCAAAUGAUGAAUGGUAGUAGAAAAAAUGGUGAAACAAAUUCUGGUAAUCGUCUUUAUAGACAUUAUAAUAGCCGAAAUAAGGAUAAAAAUUCCAAACCAGACAAUAUACCAGAUAAAAUACAAAUAAAAGAUCAAAAACAAAUUGGAAAAAAUUCACAACGGUCACCAAGAGCAGCAGCAGCAGCAGCAAUCGAAAGAAAUUCUGGAUCAUCUUUAUUAUACAUUACAAGCCAUUCAAAUGUAUUCAACAUGAUUUUCAUCAUCAUUAUUUAUUAUGCAUUAUAUAUGUAGAUUUAUUAUUUUGA